GGUGAGCCAGAGGCGGACGGAUUCCGCUCCACGAGUCAUCUCCCCACUGGCCCGUGACUGUAAUUUACCCGCGGCUUUUUUCGAUUUCCAAUUCGGGCUAACUUUUAAAAAUCGCCCGAAAUUUACUUAAAUUGAAAGGCCUCUGCAACCGGCGCGCCGAAUUUUAAUAGCGCGCCUUUAAUUAAAUCGCUACUUUUUUUGUUCGUCUUUAGUAAAUUUUCCAAGUGGUAUUUCUUUUUCUUUUUUAAUCUCUUAAGAAGGGGAAUCGGAGAGCUCCAAACUGCAAACCAUUAAUGGCGAAUGGGUCGAGAGCUACAAAGCGAGUCCUCGCCCUUCGCCGUGCCUCGGAUGGAAGCGCCUUUCUCAAAUGCGAAUGUUGUGGUGUUUCGGUUGCGGUUGCCCUUUCAGACAUGCACGAAUGCGGGGGUAAUGGCGGGCGAAAGAGAAGCAAAGUCGAGAAGGAACCGUCAAGCUUUCAAGACCAGCCGAGAUCUCCUUUUUGCUGCUUUAUCUUGUGCUGCUUUUUCAGGGAAAGUUUUAGGGAGAAAUGCAAGGAUCAAACUUUGUUGGAAAUUAAUCGAAUAGGAUUUGAUACAUGGAAAAACAUGUCUCCAGAUGAGAGGCGUCAAUAUAUCAUUCAAGCUGAAAAGGUGAACAUAGCUUACCAGAAAAUUUUACUGAAAGAGAGUGAAAAUAUGUCAAAGGUGGAUGAUGAGGCAGACUCAGCUAUGGUUGGGAAAAUUGAUAUGCAUUAUGAAGGCUCAUCUGAUUAUGAAGACUCAUUUGAGAGUUUUGAAAGUCAUGAGUGGGACUUCUCAAGCUCUUGGCUUUCAUGAUAGGCCUCCUUGAAGACAGAAGAUUGUGAUUGAAGGCACCAAGUAUCUUUCUGUUCUUAACACAUGAUGUGCAGCUCUUUUUCUAGGAAGCAAACCAGAAUAUUGGCUAACUGUUGUUAUUACCACUUUGAAAGGCAAGUCAUUUGGCUAUUGUGUAUAGGUACAAUUAUGUGAGGGGAAGAUUUUGUGCCUCUGUUUUCCCUUCUCCAAGGUUUUUCCAAAAAGCAUUAUGAGCAAGUCGGACUACAUAUGACUGAAAGAAAUUAUUGUUUUCUGAAGCAGGAAACUCUCACGUACCCUUGUCCCCUUUUUUCGGGGAAGGGAAGUAUCCAAUCCAAACUUUCUACAUCAGUGGUCCUGUAAAUUU